AUGAUAGUCCUGUGUGUGGGACCCUGCAGACCUGGGAUUCAGCCCAUCAAUCCAUCCUGUCAUCUGGAGAUCAUUAAAGUAGUUCAGGAACAUGAAUAUAUACAAGAAGGAGACAUUAUGAUUGGAGGAGUGAUGACUGCACAUUUACAUAUGAUUAAUGUUACAUUUCCAUUGACUGAUUCUGAGAGAUUCCUGUGCAUUGAUCCCAUCCCACAGAAUUUUAGGCAUUUUAUUGAUUUUCGAUUUGUAGUUGAGCAAAUUAACAAAGAUCCCACCCGGUUACCCAACUUGACUCUGGGAUACCAUAUAUACGAUUCCUGUGGGAACCCAAAGAAGGCUGUGAGGAGUGUGUUCCAAAUAUUAUCUGGUACCAAGGAGCCUGUUCCCAAUUACUCCUGCGUGGGAAAGAGAAACAUUGCUGGAUUUAUUGGGGAUCUUUCAUCAGAAACAACUGUGCCCAUAGCUCAAAUUCUAACAAUUUUGGGAUAUUCCCAGAUCAGCUAUGGAGCUACAGACCCAUCAUUAAGUGAGAGAAUCACCUUCCCAUAUUUUUUCCGGACAGUACAGAGUGAGAAAAGCAGUUAUUUUGCUUUAGGAAAGUUGUUGAGACAUUUUGGUUGGACCUGGGUUGGAAUAAUUACAUCUGAUGAUAUCAGUGGAGAUGAAGAACAUCAGCACCUGAGCAAAUAUCUCUACAGUCAAGGCAUCUGCAUAGAGUUCACCGUAAGACUAAACAUUAAUGAUUACACUUCUGUGUAUACAGACCAAUAUUCCUCCCUUAUUUACCUCUCAUCGACCAGCAUUAUUUUACUUUGUGGAACAGUCUCUUUAUUUUUUCUUAUACAAUUGUCUCAUGUGACACCUGUACUUCUGAAAAAGACAUUGAUACUAACCACCAACUGGGGAGCCAAUGAUAUGGUCUUUGGUUAUGAACAAGAAAUAUUUAAUUGCAGUUUGGUGUUUGUGCCAGGUUAUCAUUAUCAUCUAGACACUCCAGAAAUGAGGAGCUUUUUAGAGAAUUUACAUCCUUCAACGUUCCCAGAGGACAAGUUACUUGAUAAUAUUUGGAUGAUUUUUUAUUUGUGUUUGUCAGAAGAUCCAAACAAGAAUCAUUUAUAUGAAUAUAUCUACCUUCAGAGGCUCCAGAACUGUACUGGACAGAAACAUAUAACAGAUAUUCCCUAUUUUACAGCUGAUUCCAGUUCUCCACAAGUGCAUCUUGCUGUAGAUAUUAUGUCUCAGGCACUUCAUGAUAUGAAUAUGCAGCUUAGUGAGAAAUCUCUGAAAUACAGAGAAAAGUAUCAUUAUGUGCACCAGCUAUGGGGUUCUGGGCUACAGCUCCAGCCAACAGCAGCGGCCGUAUCUGUGACUGCUCGCCUGGGACUGACCAGCUACUCCAGAACUACCAUCAGCUAUAGGUCCCACUCCCAGUCCUGCAGCAAUGUCCCUUCUUCUUCCUACAGGAGGGCUUCCAGGGGGGCUGGAUACCUGGCUGAAGAAGCAGUCGAUCUGUCGCAAACUUCAGCGGUGAAUAACGAGUACAAGAUCAUUCGCACCAACGAGAAGGAGCAGCUGCAGGGGUUGUUACACCAAUACUUAAAAACACUUACGUAUAACUCCUCUGAUGGUCCGACUUUCUAUUUCAAUGAAAAUGGGGAAUAUAUCACUAGACACUUGAUAUAUAACUACAAAUUUGCUAAUGGAUUGGUGAUUAAGAACCUCAUUGGGGAGUCCUCACCUACAUGGAAGAACAAUACUAUCCCAAGAGCUCAAUGUUCAGACAGUUGUCUCCCCGGCUUCAGGAAGGCACCAAGUUCCAGUGCCCAAUCCUGCUGUUAUGACUGUGUCUUGUGUUCUGAGGGAGAGAUCUCCAAUAUAACUGACAGCACAAGCUGCUUCAAAUGCCCAGACAUGGAGUGGCCCAAUGAGGGGAAGAAUCAUUGUAUUGCGCGCAAUGAAGAUUUUCUUUCAUACACAAAUGAUCACAUUUCUGUGUUUAUAUCAUCUAGUUCUAUUCUUCUUUUCCUUAUUAAUCUCUGGAUAUUAGGAGUUUUUGUUGUAUACUGGGACACCCCCAUUGUGAGAGCCAACAACAGGAGCCUCAGCUUCCUCCUCCUUGUCUCCAUCAAGCUGAGCUUCCUCAGUGUGUUUCUGUUCCUCGGUCGCCCUGUGGAUAUAACCUGCAUGCUGCGCAUCAUCACUUUUGGAAUCACCUUCUCCAUAGCUGUCUCUUCUCUCCUGGCCAAGACUAUCAUGGUUUGUGUUGCUUUCAAAGCCACCAAGCCAGGGAGCUCAUGGAGAAAAUGGGUGGGAGUCAAACUGUCCAAUUCUGUAGUCUUGUUCUGCUCAUCCAUUCAAAUAAUAAUCUGCAUGACUUGGUUGGCCAUUUCUCCUCCCUUUCAGGAACUGGACCUUCACACUUACCCUGGAACCAUCAUCAUUCAGUGCAAUGAGGGCUCAGCUAUUGGCUUUUAUUCAGUUAUUGGGUAUAUGGGGCUUCUGGCAGCUGUUAGUUUUGUUUUAGCAUUUUUAGCUCGGACAUUACCGGACAGUUUUAAUGAGGCCAAGUACAUCACUUUCAGCAUGUUGCUCUUCUGCAGUGUUUGGAUCACAAUGAUCCCGGCCUAUCUGAGCACCAAAGGCAAAAACACUGUGUGUGUGGAGAUAUUUGCCAUACUCACCUCAAGUGCUGGACUUUUAUUCUGUAUAUUUCUCCCAAAAUGUUCUAUAAUAUUAUUUAGACCUGAGAUGAACACAAAAUCCCAUUUACUUGGAAACAAAACCUUACACCCUACAUGAUAAAUGAAACAAUUAAUGUUCCUGCUCCAAUUAAUCUAAAUAGAAACAUGUCUGUGUUUGGGGUAAUUAUCAGAGAGUGGAAAGAGUUUCUAUUGACCAAUAAAGCACAGAAAUAUUAGUGGAGGAACAUAAUAAUGAGCAUAUAUACUGUAGCAGAUAUUCAUAA